AUGUCAUCUCUCUUUAAAUAUUCUGCAGUCCUGCGGAUCAUCAAGGCACAUGAGUGCUGUCACAGAUUGAAGAGAGAGAAGAAGAAGGUGUUCAAGUAUGAGAAGACAGAUUACAAGACAUGUUAUAAUGCCUUGAAGAGGCUCUGUAAGAGACAGGAGCUGGCAGAGGAGGGAAUUGAGGCCUUGUUCAGGUCUCAAAUAUGCUUCAUGAUUCAGAACAUUGAGAAGACAGCUCUGCUCUCUGAGCAUGUCAAUCUGCUUACUGCUGAGGUGGAACCUGAGGCAGCAGAUCAGAAAAUGCAGGAUUUUGAGAUGCAGGUUGACCUGGCUGAGAGAGAGCAGUGA